GAGGUCCGCAGGUUGAAGACCACUGCGGGUGGAGAGUUCACUCGAGUAUAAGCCGAGGGGGGUGUUUUCAGCACGAAAAAAUCGUGCUGAAAAACUCUGCUUAUACUCGAGUAUAUACGGUUUAAUUAAUGAUAUAUUUUUAUAAUUCGGACAUUUCCGCACGCGGUGAUACCACAUAUGUUUAUUUUUAUUUUUAUUUACACUGUUUUUUUUUUUUUAUUGGAAAAGGGGGGUGAUUCAAACUUUUAAUAGGGGAGGAGUUAAAUGAUCUUUAUUCACUUUUUUUUUUCACUUUUUUUUGCAGUGUUAUAGGUCCCAUAGGGACCUAUAACACUGCACACACUGAUCUUCAUAAUUGAUCACUGGUUUCUCAUAAGAAACCAGUGAUCAGCGAUUCUGCCGCAUGACUGCUCAGGCCUGGAUCUCAGGCACUGAGCAGUCAUUCGGCGAUCGGACAGCGAGGAGGCAGGAAGGGGCCCUCCCGCUGUCCUGUCAGCUGUUCGGGAUGCCGCGAUUAGCCGCGGCUAUCCCGAACAGCCCGACUGAGCUAGCCGGCCACUUUCGGUUUCACUUUUAUCCGCGCGGCUCAGCUCUGAGCGCGCGGCUAAAGGGUUAAUAGCGCGCUGCGCCGCGAUCGGCGCUGCGCGCUAUUAGAGGCGGGUCCCGGCUUCACUAUGACGCCGGGCCCGCCGCGAUAUGACGCGGGGUUACUGUGUAACCCCGCGUUAUAUCUGGAGAGCAGGACCAAGGGCGUACCUGUACGCCCUUGGUCCUUAAGAGGUUAAUUAACAUGAUAUUUUUAUAGUUCGGUCAUUUACGCACGUGGCGAUACCACAUAUGUUUAUUUUUAUUAGGUUUUUAUAAUUUUUUAUAUGGAAUUUGGAAAAAGGGGGGUGAUCGGAACUUUUAAGGAAGGGGUAAAUGUCCCUUAGGGGACUUUUAGGAGGAAUCAUUAGAUUCCUCAUACAGAUCAAUGUGGUUCAUAGAACCACAUUGAUCUGUGUGAUUUGCACUCCAUUGAUAAAGCCUGGUCCUGCCAGGCUUUAUCAACAGGAGAGCCGGGACAGCCACAGCAGCAGAGGUUAAUCCCUCUGGCCUCCUUUACAGUGAAUAAUCCCCCUGCAAUCGCGCUGCUGGGGGGUGCAAUCCACCCCACUGGACCUCCAGGGAGUGUAGACGCCACUGUCAACUUUGACAGCGGCAAUCUAAAGGGUUAAUAACUGGCCGUGGCGAUCGCCGCAUGUCUGCUAUUAAUGCCGGCCCCCAGCUACAAGAAUCAGCUGGGGGCUGGCCGGUAUGACGCAGGCUCAAGUCGGGAGCCCGCAUCAUACAACGGUUAAUGGCACAUGGACGAGUAUACACGUCCAUGGUCGUUAACCAGUUAAAGCUUCAAUCCCUAUUCUGCUGUUGCACCAUAUCUUAUCCUCCUGUCACCUCCAAAGCUGAACUCACUAUUCUGCUUUUACACCAUGCCUUAUCCUCCUGCCACCUCCCUCUCCCUAUUGUGCUGUUACACCAUGCCUUAUCCUACAGUCACCUCCAGAGCUGCAGCCACUAUUCUGCUAAUACAUUGUCUUAUCUUCCAGUAAACUCCAGAGCUGCAGCCACUAUUUUGCUGUUACAUCAUGUCUUCCAGUCACCUCCAGAGCUGCAGCCACUAUUCUGCUGUUACAUCACGUCUUGUCCUUCAGUCACCUUCAGAGCUGCAGCCACUGUUCUGCUUUUAAACAAUGCUUUAUCCUCCUGCCACCUCCAGAGCUGCACUCCCUAUUCUGCUGUUACACCAUGUCUUAUAAUACAGUCACCUCCAGAGCUUUAGCCACUUUUCUGCUGUUACAUCAUGCCAUAUCCUCCAGUCACCUUCAAAGCUGCACUCACUAUUCUACUGUUAUACCAUGCCUUAUCCUCCAGUCCCCUCCAGAGAUGCAGCCAUUAUUCUGCUGUUAUGUCUGCUGUUAAAUUAUCUGUUAAACAAACUGACCGGGACUGCUACAAUGCCACUGCUACAGAGGACCCCUAGAAAUGGCAAAUGGGUUACUGUAGGUUCUGGAAGACUUAGAGUUGUGAAUAGAAGACAUGUUCCACAGUCUGUGGGUCUCCAUAAUUCAUUUGCAGCACUCUCAGAAUGUAAGGGCAACAUGGAUAUUGGCUCAAGCACAGAAGGUGAGGAACCAUCGACUCCUAUGUCUAAUGUAUGCAAGACUGCAGCCAAGGAGAAAAAAGAUAAAGUAAAAUCUGAAAGAAAACAGCUGUUGCUGGGUGAUUCAAUCAUAAGAAGUAUGGAGCUUAAGGAAAAUGGUUUUGUGAGAGGUCUACCGAGUGCUACUGCUAGAAGAGAUAGAAGACUCAUUCUUAAUAUUGUUAAGCAAGCAAAGCAGGAAGGGGAAGUCGAUGUUCUUGUCCAUCUAGGGACGAAUGUCCUGGCUUGCAAUAAAGUUUCAGAGAUAUUCUAUGAAUGUAUGCUUCUGUACCCCUCUCAGCACCUGCUACUGCAGCUGGUCAAUGACUUUGAUCGGGGGAUGCAAAAUUGGAUCUGGAUGGAAAAGUUCAUGCCACAUGAGGGGGCUAAGGAGCUAAUCUUCCAAAGCAAUUAUACAAAUAGGAACCUUGUUCGGAAUUGCAUUUUUGCUACACAGUAGGCUUUGGGUAGUCUUGCUUAUUAUCAAAAGGCUUGCUCAGUAUCAAUUUAAGCCUUGUCAUAAAAGGGACAUAUACUUGAGGACAGUUUUGCUGGUUAUCAAAGGAGCAUAAAUCUAUGGCUAUUCCAGCCAGUCAUUUUUACUUUUGGAAAAUUGACUGUAAGUGGCAUACAUACCUCCCAUAUAAUAAUUGAAAAGUUUUUUUUUGUUCUCACUUCUACAAUUGGCUUAAAAAAGUGUUAAACCUACAAGAUUUUUUUUUCAAAGUAUUCAAAUAUUCCUUUAAAAGGUCAUAGGAAUUUAAACAUUUUAGAUGUGCCUCAGUAACUGUUCUUCCAUAUGGUUUUCCAACCAAAUCAAAUCAGAGAACAGACAAUUAUAUUAGAAAAUAGAAUACAAUUGCUGUUUAUUAAAUGUCAUAAGAUUUGUGAAAUUGUCUUGCUGCAUUGUUUUGAAAUUAGAUUGAAUUAAGAAAAUGUAUCUAUAAAAUUUAGUAACAC